CGGUAGCGCGUAGAGCUGGGGGAGGGAGGCCGCUGCUGCUGGCGUUGCUGGACUGUCUGCGCUCCGCUCGGUCCAGCUCGGCUCCCCCAGCAGCGGGGCCGUGUGGAGCCGCCGCCCGCAGACAUGGGGCGCUUAGCAUGGUGCCUUUUCCCCGUCCUCCUGCUCUGCCAGCUCCGGGGGUCGCUGGCCGACACCCCGGCCAACUGCAGCUUUGCGGACCUGGAGGGCACCUGGGUCUUCCAGGUGGGGAAGGGGGGCCAGAACCGCCACAUUAACUGCUCCGAGAUGGGACCUGUGGAAAAAAAAGUAGUUGUGACUCUUCAGAAGGUGGCUGUAGCUCAAGAUGAUCUGGGCAAUUUUGGCUUCUUCACCAUAAUUUACAAUCAAGGCUUUGAAGUUGUAAUAAAUGAUUACAAAUGGUUUGCAUUUUUUAAGUACAAAAAGGAAGGACAAAACAUAACCAGUUACUGCCAUGAGACCUUUCCAGGAUGGGUGCAUGAUGUGCUAGGCCAUAAUUGGGCAUGUUUUAUCGGAAAGAAAGUUUCGCCCUCUCCUUCCAGCAUUCAUGUGAACCAGCUCCUUCAUCAUAAACCAAGGGAAAGGUUUUCAAGGAGGCCUUAUGUACACAACUUUGACUUCGUGAAAGCUAUCAAUACUGUUCAGAAAUCCUGGACAGCAACAACAUACAAAGAAUAUGAAAACCUCUCCCUGGAAGAACUAACUAGAAGAGCUGGAGGUCUCAAGUCCAGAGCUCCGAGACCGAAGCCUGCACCGUUAACGCCCGAAUUAGUCAAACGAGCUUCAGGUUUGCCAGAAUCCUGGGACUGGAGGAACAUUAAUGGUGUCAACUAUGUCACUCCUGUAAGAAACCAAGCAUCAUGUGGCAGCUGCUAUGCGUUUGCUUCCAUGGGCAUGUUGGAGGCAAGAAUUCGUAUCCGCACUAACAAUUCUCAGACACCAAUCUUCAGUCCUCAGCAGGUUGUGUCCUGCAGCCAUUAUUCUCAAGGUUGUGAUGGCGGAUUCCCAUACCUCAUUGCUGGGAAAUACGUCCAAGAUUUUGGUGUGGUGGAGGAAGAGUGUUUCCCUUACACAGCCACAGAUUCUCCAUGCACUCCGAAGCGCAACUGUUACCACUACUAUGCCUCUGAGUACCACUACGUUGGAGGGUUUUAUGGAGGCUGCAAUGAAGCCCUGAUGAAGCUUGAACUUGUCCUAUAUGGGCCAAUGGCCGUUGCUUUCGAAGUUUAUAGUGAUUUCAUGCUCUAUAGAGGAGGAAUCUACCAUCACACUGGGCUGCAGGAUGAGUUCAACCCCUUUGAGUUGACCAAUCACGCUGUGUUGCUCGUGGGGUAUGGCAAAGAUCCAGAUACUGGUGAGAAGUUCUGGACAGUAAAAAACAGCUGGGGAAGCACCUGGGGAGAAAAUGGUUACUUCAGAAUCCGCCGGGGCACCGAUGAAUGUGCAAUUGAAAGUAUAGCAGUGUCCGCAACUCCUGUCCCAAAAUUAUAAAGCAAAACUCAUUUGCCCAAGUGCCUCAUUUCUGAGAAGCAAAUUUCUCAGCCGUAGGAAUGUAUUGAUUAUAUUAUGUACUUGGAAAAUUUUACUGCAGUGUUUUAAAGCUUAAAAAUGAGCUUUAAUGAGAUUUUUCAGAAUCAUGUGAGCAGUAUUCACUCUCUACCACUGAGGACACUUAAAAAUUCUGUUCUUUGUUUGUGAUACACAAAGAUACACUUCCUGGCAGUAAAUUCUCUAAGAAUGCAGUUGCUGUUAAAUUAACAAUAAGUGGUGGUUAUUCAUUUUAUAAAGCCCCAAUAUUUUUUUUUUCCCUUGGACAAUCUUAAAACUAGAUCUCAGAGGGAAAUGAUUGUUACAAUCAUCUACAAUUACUUAAAGGGACACUUUUUAAAGUAUUGUGCCUUACACAAUAAAUCAGGGAAUCACUGCCUUUUAAAAUUGAACAUCUUAAGUGUGCAUCAGAGGAUGAUUAUACUGUGACUAAAGGGAAACUUUAAAGCUUUAAGUGUUUGGCAAAUGUGCAAGCAAAAUGUCAGAUGUCAAAUUCUCUGAACUUCAAAGUUCGUUUUACAUAUUGGCCUUUUACUGCAUUUAUGUGGUGUUUUUUUAAGUUCCUGUUUUUAUGGAUGUCAUUUGAAUUCAAUUCCAAGCUGAUCCUCAAUAAAAAUCUGACUCUA